AUGAAUUGGUUCGCUCCACCUCCAGUUUUAGAGCCAAAGCUCUUGACCGCACUCCCGUCCAGAUUUCGAACGCUCGGCCUUUCAGAGCACUCAACAAACCAGAAACGUGGGCGGCCUCUACACAGCUUUCUCGAAGGUCCUCUUGUUAGGGGAAACACGUUGUAUCUAACCGACAUUCCCUACGGUCGAAUCUUUGCCGUCGAUCUUACGACCAAAGAAUGGAAGCUAUUGAUUCAAUACGAUGGCGAACCAAACGGCCUAGCAUGGCAUGAGCAACGACAGCAAGUUCUCAUUGCCGACUUCAAGCAGGGUAUCCUUGCGCUCGACCCCGAUACCAAGACCUUGACCACCGUUAUGAACCGUUUCAACGGUGAGCGGCUCAAGGGGCCCAACGACUUGAUCGUCGCCCGUGACGGCAGCAUCAUCUUUACAGAUCAGGGCAUGAGCGGACUUCAAGAUCCAACCGGGCGUGUGUAUCGUAUCGGCUCAAACUUCAAUAUGGGCACUGGCGACAACCGUGUCGAGGUACUACUUCGCAACUGCCCAUCACCCAACGGGCUGGUUCUCGAUGCCGAUGAGAAGAAUCUCUUUGUUGCCAUGACGAGGGACAACAGCGUCUGGCUCGCACCACUAUACGCAGAUAGCAGUGUGCAGCGAACAGGGCGGUUCUCCAACUACUUUGGCGUCGGUGGGCCAGACGGUUUGUUAACAGAUGUGGAGGGGAAUCUCUUCGUCGCCCAUUCCACGUUGGGUACCGUGUUCGUGCAUCAUAAAGACGGCACACCGAGGGCAAUCAUUACCACAAAAGAGUUCGGCUCAGGAACCACGAAUCUGACUUGGGGAAGAGAUAACAAAACACUUUACAUUGUCGAGAGUGGCUCUGGCACUAUCUUGACUUUAGAUUGGCACUUUAGAGGGACUAUGUAA